AUGCGCGUCGGACUCGCGCCGGAGCAUCGCCGCGCGAGCGCCGUCCCAGCUCUUGCGGGGCAGGCGCGCGGACUCGACGACACAGCUGUCGCCCGCCGCGCGGGGCUGCCGGGGUUCUGCUCGCAGCGUAAGGUCGGGCACCAUGUUGGGGUGCCGCCGAUGCUCCUCGCCUCGCCGUCCUCGCUCGCGCACGCGCGGCUCGAGGGUCGUCGGUCGCCUUCUUCGGCUGCCGUCGGGCCUCUCCGCCGCGCCCGCCGCCUCCGCGCAGCGCUCUUUCGAAGGGCGCGCCGCGCCGCCAGCGUGCUGCAGCCGGGCCCGCACCGCAAAAAAGGACGCGCGGUGAGGGCGCCGUGGCCCUGUGAGGGCCGCUUCGGAGGCGCCGCGAGCGAGGCGCGGCCGACGGAGGCAGUCCAGGAGGGGCCCAGGAGGCAAGGAUGCCAGGGUACCCUUGGAGGAGGAGGAGGAGGAGGAGGAGGAGGAGGAGGAGGAGGUUGCCCAUCCCUGCUAUGCGGGUGGACCGCACGUCUGCGGACGAGUGGCGGCGGCGAGGGCGGGCGCGCUGCGACGGGCACGUGGCGGUGGGCAGUCACUGUGGUGGCCGGUGCGCCGGUCGGGCCCUGCGCGUUGUCGGUGGGCCCCGCCGCGCGGCGGCUCACUCCCAGGACGCCUCGGCGAACAGGAAGCUGGCCUCCUCGACGAGCACCCCCUCGACGCUGCCGCCGGGGAGCCCGCCGUCCUCGCUGGGGCACUUGCACAUCCUGCCGCCCAGGACGUC